UGGCGAAUGGCAACAUUAGAGUCGGUUCUUGAGUUGUGUUUUGGUCGCACGUCAGGCGGAUCACCCGGAGCCUCUGGGACCCCGGACCGGACUUCUGAUGCCGCGAUAGGAACCAGAUCCGCUUGUCGAAGACUCCCAAAGUAAAUCUGCUCGUUUUCUACUCAAACGAGUGUAACCAUGAGCGGCCGAAGGAAGAGGGCCCCCCCUGUGAGGGUGGACGAAGACGCCAAGAAGAAGUUGGACUGGAACAUGCUGGACGACCGCAAGAGCGAGGAGAACCAGACGCCGACCGGCUCCACUCCUCCUGUCGGGCCUCCUCCCUUUCCCUCUACCACCCAGGACGCAGACGAGGCCGCCUGUAGCGCCUCUAAAGUUCCCGGCACGUCAGCCCCCGCCUCAGCCCCCGCCUCAGCCUCCCUGGCCCUCACCGUGGAGCCCGCUGCGGAGCCGAGCCACACCUGGAAGGCGCUCAUCGGGGAGUUCAGCGUCCGGCCGGCUCGGGUCCCGUCGGACUGUGAACGGAGGAGGGCUUUCGUGCUCCGCAGGACGGGCGACCAGCUCUGCCUCAGUUACAGCAGCUGCGAUGAGGUCUCGGGGCUGCGGAGGCCCGACGGGGACACCUGCACGGCGGAGUGCAGCCUCCGCGUGGUCCCGCUGGAGGACCUGGACUGGAUGCAGAAGAGGAGGGUGGUGCAGCUCUGCCACCAGGCCUCAGAGGGGUCAGUCAAGGUGGGGAUUUACUUGCUGGAAACUGGGCUCGGGAAGCCGGAGUUCCUCAGCGAGGGAAACGCUCGGAUGAAGAAAGCGAAUCAACUGAUGCAGAAGUUAAUGGAGUAUUUCUACGAUUUCAUCAUCCCCGAAGUUGAAGAGAAUGAGGAAGAGGAAUGUGACACCGACCUGGAGAGGCAGAAUGUGGGGGAGCUCUACGAUUACGUCAGGCAUCAGCACCAGAGAGAGAGCCGGGAGGUGACCUAUGAACUCCAGCACAAGGCUCUUAUUCCUAUUCUCAGACCCUAUCAGAGCCAGGCCGUCAACUGGAUGCUGAAGAGAGAGAAAUACAGGAACACUUCACCUAAAGAACAAAUUCUGCAUUUCCUCUGGAGGGAGUUGAUCACUCUGUGCGGAAAGAAGUUGUUCUACAACCCUUUUACCGGCUGCGUAAUCCGAGAGUUCCCCGUGACGGGUGUGGAGUGGCCCGGUGGGAUCUUGGCGGAUGAAAUGGGACUGGGAAAGACGGUGGAAGUGUUGGCUCUCAUCCUGUUUCACACCCGACAGGACCUGCAGCAGGAGGCCCUCACCAUGCCUGUGGGAAGAUCCGUAAAUUAUUUCGUACCUCCUCCUCCUCUGGAGAGGAAGAAAGUUAUCCGCUGCAAGUCUGAAGUUCAGCCUAAAAUGAAAAUAUCCUACCCGACCGUGCGCGUCAUGCUCCUCGCUGCAAUCAAGGAGAUGAGAUCUGGCAAAGGAGCCUCCGUCAACGCCGUCUUCGCCUACAUCCGCGCCACUUACGGCUACGACCUCUUGAAGAACCGCGGCCACAUCAAGAAGAUGCUGGCGAAGCUGAUCGACGAAGGCCUGGUCGACCGGGUCAAAGGUCGUGGCUUGGCCGGGUCGUUCAAACUGGGAAAGAAAUACAAGGAAACCAAGAAGACCUCGUCAGCGAUUAAGUCUAACUCCAAAAACACAGAGGGCACGCCCAGGAAAAUGUUUCAGAGACGAGCGAAAGAGAAAGCAGAAGCGGCUCUGCAAAGCUCUCUUCUCGCAGAAGACCAGAGAGACCGGUACACCCCGGCAGAGGAGACGGAAACCACGAAGGAAUGGGACGAAAGUCUGAGCGAGAGAGCGGACCAGUCGGAGGACGGGCUGGAGGAUAAAAGGGAGUCUGAUACGCAGGACUUCCCCCGAAUGGAGGAUCUCCGUGAAGAUAAGGGAGACGCUCCUCGGCUUGAAUCCCGGGACGCAGAACCCCCCACCGGAGGGUCCGCGGUCCCGUUCCACAGCCCGGACUACCGCUUUGAGUGCAUCUGUGGCAAGCUGGGCCUUCUGGACUACAAGGCUCGCGUCCAGUGCAUGAACUGCCAGCUGUGGCAGCACGCCGACUGCGUGAACUACAAAGAAGAAAGCCUCCAGACCACCCCGUUCUACUGCCCCCACUGCCUCGUCGCCAUGAAACCCGUCUCCACCGGCGCCACCCUCAUCAUCUCCCCGAGCUCCAUCUGCCACCAGUGGGUGGAGGAGAUCAACCGGCACAUCAGGUCGUCCUCGCUGCGAGUGCUGGUGUAUCAGGGUGUGAAGAAGCACGGCUUCAUCCAGCCACACGUGCUCGCCGAGCAGGACGUGGUCAUCACCACCUACGACGUGCUGCGGUCGGAGCUCAACUACGUCGACAUCCCCCACAGCAACAGCAAGGACGGACGGCGCUUCCGCAACCAGAAGCGCUACAUGGCCGUGCCCAGCCCCCUGGUGGCCGUGGAGUGGUGGCGCAUCUGUCUGGACGAGGCGCAGAUGGUCGAAUGUCCCACGGCCAAGGCUGCAGAAAUGGCGCUCCGCCUCGCAUCCGUCAACCGCUGGUGUGUCAGCGGGACUCCGGUCCAGAGAGGCUUAGAAGAUCUGUACGGCCUGGUGCUGUUCCUGGGAGUUGACCCCUACUGGGUGAAGCACUGGUGGGUCCGGCUCCUUUACCGGCCGUAUCGUCGUGGAAACACGGAGCCGCUGUACAACGUAAUUGCUCAAUUGUUGUGGCGCUCGGCUAAGAAGGACGUCAUUGAUCAGAUCCAGAUCCCCCCUCAGACCGAGGAGGUGCACUGGCUGCGCUUCUCCCCCGUCGAGGGUCACUUCUACCACCGGCAGCACGAGGUCUGCUCCCAGGACGCGCUGGUCAAACUCCGGAAGAUCUCCGACUGGAGCCUGAAACUCGGCAGCCUCGACCGACGCACCGUCCACACCAUCCUGUGCCCGCUGCUGAGGCUGCGCCAGGCCUGCUGCCACCCGCAGGCCGUGAGGGGCGAGUUCCUGCCUCUGCAGAAAAGCACCAUGACGAUGGAGGAGCUCCUGAAGUCCCUGCAGAAGAAAUGUCGAGUGGAGUGUGAAGAAGCCCACAGACAAUUGGUGUGCGCCCUCAACGGCCUGGCUGGAAUCCACAUCAUCAGAGAUGAGUUCGUGGAGGCGACGGAGAUGUAUAGAGAAGUGCUCCGUUCAUCAGAGGAGCACAAAGGACGACUGAAAACCGACUCGUUGCAGAGACUUCACGCUACCCACAAUUUGAUCGAGCUGCUGAGCGCAAAGCAUCCUGGGAUACCUCCCACACUGAGAGACGACCGACUGAGUGACGAGGCGGAGCAACUGCGACAGCACUACAUGACCAAAUACGACUCUGAGGUUGCAGACGCCCAUCAGGCUCUGCAGCCGGUGCUCCAGAACAUCAAAGAGCUGAAGCGCAAAGUCAACCUGAAUACUCCCUGGUGGCUGGACGUGGUGGAGAACGCAACCCGGUGCUCCAACGACGACGAUCUGGUGUCCCGCAUCAAGAACGAGCUGACGUCCAGCUACAAGCAACAGGCCAACAAGCUCUCCAUGGCCGACAAGUUCCGUGACGCUUGCGGUCUGCAGUUCCUCCUCACCACUCAAAUGAAAGAUCUGGUGACGUCCCAAAAGACCGUGCAAGACGCGGUGAAGAGCCUCGAAGGCCCGGCUUCGAAGAAAGUGAUCGAUGAGGUCACCAUCUGUCACCUCAGGCCGAUGAGACUGCCACUCAAUAAUUGUGUUUUUUGCAAGGCGGAUGUACUCUUCAUCGAUUAUGAGUCCAAGCUGUUUUCUCACACGGUGAAGGGUCAGACGGCCAUCUUUGAAGAAAUGAUUGAAGACGAAGAGGGUCUGAUGGACGACCGUCUCCCGACGACCAGCCGAGGUCUGUGGGCGGCCAGCGAGACGGAGCGCUCUCUGAAAGCCGUCCUGUCUUUCGCCAAAGUGAAGCGCAUGGACCCCGAGCUGCUGGAGGAGGGCAACACCUUCAUGGAGCUGUUUGACAACUGGAAGAAGGAAUACAAGGUGCUGCAUGAGUACUGGAUGGUGCUGAGGAACCACGUGUCGGCCAUCGAUGAGCUCGGCAUGGCGACGGAGAGGCUACGCGUGCGUCUGCCCGACGAGCCGAAGCCCAAACUACUGCACAUCAUCGAGCCACACGAGGUGGAGCAGAACAGAGUGAAGCUGUUGAACGACCAGGCGGUGGCCAAGUCUCAACUCCAAAAGAAGCUCGGACAGUUUCUGUACCUCACCAAUCUGGAGAAGUCCCAGGACAAGUCGACUGGAGGGCUGAACCCAGAGCCGUGUCCCAUCUGCGCCCGGCCCCUGGGACAAGAGUGGGCCGUGCUGAUCUGCGGCCACUGCUUCUGCAACGAGUGCAUCGCCAUCAUCGUGGAGCAGUACAGCGUGGGCUCGAGGCGGCGCGCCAUCAAAUGUGCCAUUUGCAGGCAGACCACGGCCCACGCGGAGAUCUCCUACGUGUUCACCACCCAGUCGUCCAGCCAGGACCAGGACGUCCCGGUCAUGGGAAGCCACUCGACCAAAGUCGAGGCGGUAGUGAGAACCCUGAAGAAGAUUCAAGUGUCCGACCCCGGGGCCAAGUGUCUCGUCUUCUCCACGUGGCUGAGUGUCCUGGACAUCAUCGCGAAGGCCUUGUUCGACAACAACAUGGAGUUCUCUCAAAUCAACGGGAUUCACAAAUUUCAGGAGAACCUGUGCUCCUUCAAAUACGAAGAGAAGAUCAACAUCCUGCUCCUCCCUCUCCACACCGGCUCCAACGGCCUGAACAUCAUCGAGGCGACUCACGUGCUGCUGGUGGAGCCGAUCCUCAACCCCGCCCACGAGCUGCAGGCCGUAGGCAGAGUGCACCGGAUUGGCCAAACAAAGCCAACAUUCGUUCACAAAUUCCUCAUCAAAUCCACCAUUGAAGAGAGGAUGCAGGCGAUGCUGAAGACCGCAGACAAAAGUCACACCAGCACAACCAUGAAGCACUCGGAGGCUGCCGUGCUGACCGUGGCCGACCUGGCGGAUCUUUUUACUGAAGACACAGAACACCUGGAGUGAAUCUGCACACCUGGACAGCAAUGGAGGAAACACAGGCAGAGAGAGCCCACUCGCUCUACUGGUGGGAGAAGGACUCCGAUUUUGCACAUUUAACUUCUUUUUAUAUAUAUAUAAACCAGCUUGAAGUUAUCAAAUACAUUCCCUCAACAAAAAAAAAAA